GGCGUUAAGCUCGUAUCGUUAGUGUAGUGUGUAUAUUACGUUGUUUUUCUUUUUGUUUGUUGUUUAUCCAAAAAGCGUUAUCGUGUCAACGUUUUCUAUAUAAUUCCGGGCCCUGUGUUAACGCUAGGGUUUUGGUUUCGUUAACAUUUCACAAAACGCCAACUAAUUUGACUAAUAAUCCUCAAAAAAAAUUAAAUCAAUAGCUGGUGUCUAAUUAAGAAAAGAAAAAAAUCAAAUUAUUAAACCCAUAAAAUAAUAAAUUAACAACAACAAAAAGCCCUGCAAGCAAAAGCUUUAAAAAUUCACUACAACCAGAAAUAAAUGUGCAAUUAAUUUAAAACAAAACAAAAAUAAAACAAAACCAAACAAGUUCUAACAAAACGUAACAACAUAAGAAAAAAAAUCAACUAAAAAUUAAAACAAAACAACAGCAAAGAAAAAGCUUAAAGAAAAGUAAAAUAAAUAAAAAUAAAUUUACCGUUAUUGCUACAAAAUUGUUUAAACGACGGUACUCGUUACAGUGUGCGUGUUCAAGUGCUUGAGUAGUGCCCGUGUGUCGAGUGUGUGUGAUUUUUGUGUAAAUUCUUGCGUUGAGCGUUGAAUGUAAUGUAAUGAGAUACGACGUCCAGGAGUUACUUCAUCAGUCUGCUGAAGAUCCAUUCGCAAGGUUCGCAAAUGGGAUGGCAUAUCAUCCAUUUCUGCAUUUGUCACGACCCACUGACUUCAGCGUUUCCUCGCUGUUGACGGCGGGAAACCAAACGACAACAGCAGCUGAUCCUAGUGGUACUACAACGUUACCAGCAGCUUCUUCACCCCAACAUCAUCACCACCAGCAACAACAACAACAACAACCACAACAACAGCAUCAUCAACAGCAACACCAACAGCAUCUUCAGCAAUUGAAUCCUGUUUCAAGUGAACACUUGGGCUGUAUUGGCGGUCAAUCUUCACCGUUGGGUGGACAACAACCGCCACAACUGUCGCCUGGAGAGGCUAGCAAUAAUAACAAUAACAACAACGAAUCCAGUUGUCCCAGUGGUGUUAAAGGCUUAAACUCCAACGACAACAGCACAAACAGCAGUAACGAAUCCAAUAGGCCUCUAAGUAAUAGUAAUAACAACAAUAACCAAUUGCCGUCGGCUCUUCUAAGUGCAGCGCAUUCAGCAGCCGCUCAUAGUUUACCUCCAGCUCAACCACCUCCAUCGCAUCCACAUCAUUCUCCAGUACCUGGUCAUCCGGCAUUGGGCGCCCAUUUGCCGCAACAGCCACCCUAUUUUCCGGCGGCCGCCUUGGCUGCUUUAGCCGGUAAUCCAGGUGGUCCCCAUCACGGUCUAUAUCCAGGUCCUUUACGUUUUCCACCGCAUCAUCCGCAUCCUCAUCACCCGCUGGGUACACCCUAUACCACAGCCGAAGACGUGGUUUUAGCAUCUGCGGUCGCCCAUCAACUACAUCCUGCCAUGCGUCCCCUGCGUGCACUACAACCGGAAGAUGAUGGUGUAGUGGACGAUCCCAAGGUAACGCUGGAGGGUAAAGAGUUGUGGGAGAAAUUUCAUAAACUUGGCACCGAAAUGGUCAUCACAAAAAGUGGAAGACAAAUGUUUCCCCAAAUGAAAUUUCGGGUAUCGGGUCUGGAUGCCAAGGCGAAAUAUAUACUUCUUUUGGAUAUUGUGGCAGCCGAUGAUUAUCGUUAUAAGUUUCAUAAUAGUCGCUGGAUGAUUGCCGGCAAAGCCGAUCCUGAAAUGCCCAAAAGAAUGUAUAUCCAUCCAGAUUCACCCACAACCGGUGAACAAUGGAUGCAAAAGGUUGUUUCAUUCCAUAAGCUUAAGCUGACCAAUAACAUUAGUGAUAAACAUGGAUUUGUAAGUACUACGAUACUCAAUUCCAUGCAUAAAUAUCAACCCCGGUUUCAUUUGGUGCGAGCCAACGAUAUUUUGAAACUACCAUACUCAACGUUCAGGACAUACGUUUUUAAGGAGACGGAAUUCAUAGCUGUGACUGCAUAUCAAAAUGAAAAGAUAACUCAGUUGAAAAUUGACAACAAUCCUUUUGCAAAAGGUUUUCGUGAUACAGGCGCCGGUAAAAGGGAAAAGAAUUACAGGCAAGCGUUACUCUCGAAUCGCGGGUCCGAUUCGGAUAAACUAAAUCCCACUCAUGUCAGCAGUUCCCGGGCACCCCUGCAUUUGGGUCAUACGGGACGGCCGCCGCAUCAUUUACAUGCCCUACCCUCCAUACAUGACAAUCAGCAAGAUGAUGAGGACAAGCUGUUGGAUGUGGUGGGACCGCCACAAAGUCCUUUAUUGCCUUUAAGUCAUUCGCUGCAGCAAAUGCAUGCUCAUCAGCAUUCGGCCCUUGCAGCUUGGUUUAACCACUUGGCCGGUGCGAGUGAUCAUGCUAGUGAAGAGGCCUUAAGGCGGCGUCUACAAUCGGAUGAUAUUGAAAGAGAUGGCAGUGAUUCCAGCUGUUCGGAGAGUGUGGGAGGCAGUACGGGUGGUGCGUUUCGUCCCACCUCCUCGGGUAGUCCCAAAGAAGGUGCCGGCGGUUUAGCGGGUACUGGUUCAUAUCCAUCGCCCAAUAUAUCGGUGGGUCCACCCAUACAACCCUCGCCACACCUGUUGCCUUAUCUGUAUCCCCAUGGUCUCUACCCGCCACAUCAUUUGGGUUUACUGCACAAUCCGGCUGCAGCGGCUGCUAUGAAUCCCACCGGUCUCAAUCCCGGCCUCUUAUUCAACGCUCAACUUGCCUUAGCCGCCCAGCAUCCCGCCUUAUUUGGUCAUUACUCAGGACACACACCGACCUCUCCCCUGCAGGGUCUUAAGGGUCAUCGGUUUUCACCCUAUAGUCUGCCCGGCAGCUUAGGCUCGGCCUUUGAUGCCGUGACACCCGGUUCGAAUGCCAAUCGCGGUGGUAACGAGGGACCCUCGGCCAUGUGCAGUGGGUCGGGUAGUUUAGAGCAUGGACCACGUAGUCUUAGCUCUAGUCCCAGACCGCGUGCCUCCUCGCAUUCCCCUCCCACGCGUCCCAUCUCAAUGUCGCCCACCACACCACCGUCACUACUGAAACGAACCAACUCACCGUCGGAGCUCAAAAGCAUCGAAAACAUGGUUAAUGGCCUAGAGGUGCAGCAUAAUGGCAGUGUUUGCAGCACCAGCGGUUCCAUGGAUGAUUUGCAGAGAAAGUCACCCUGUAUUUUAACGGAUCAGUGACAAUUGUAUGACCGGGACGACAACGAUCGCUCGUCCGUCAUCGAUCUCGACGAUGUGUGACUAAAUAGUUACUCGCUACGCUUUAGUGGCCCCAAUAGCGCUUGGCAGAGCUUAAGGGGAGUUAAUUACACUUAUUCAACCCAUCGUCAAAAUGCAACAUCGUCCUGUUGAUCAUAAACGGUAAGAAUUUAAAUGAUAACUAACUUGUGUUAAGUUUUAAAUUACAACAAUUGCUACAACUUGAAAAAAAAAAUAAUUUUGUCCAACAUUAUUCCUAUUCCUCUUUUCAUUUGCUACUUCCCUUUUUAAUUUCUUUUAAAUAUCAUUCUAUCCUGGUAAUUUUUUUCUUUUCUAUUUUAAUAAUUUAAACCAAAGACCAAUAUUUUUUUUGUUUUUUUAAUAAUUUUUUCUUUUUUUUUUAAUAAAAAAAACGUAUGAUUUCAAUAUUUAAAAAAAAUACGUUAAUUGUACAAUAAAAAUGUAAAUUUAUAAGUUGUGUAAUGUACAUUUAGUAUUAUUUUUUUUAGAGUAAAUCAUUCGAUUGUGUGAAAUUUUGAAUCCAUUAUGUUCCUUUAAAACUGAACUGUCAAACAACAGUGACGUUUAUAAUUUACAAGUUAAAGAAAAUAAAAAUAAUAACAAAAAAAAAAAAGAAAAAAAUAUCACAUUUCCUGUAACCGUCAACUUGAUAUAAAUAUUAUUUUUUAAUUAUUAUUAAUUUAAUAAAUAAGUUUUAUAAAAUAUAUUAAAGUUUUAUUUUAGAAGAAUUAAUUUAAUAAUUAAUUCCUACUCGCCUCUAGUUACAUACAAAACUAAAUUUCAUUAACCAUAAUAAAUCCAUGGCAAAUGUAAACGCACACCCCGUUUAAAAUCCCACUAGACUAUGGUUGCAAAAACGAAAAAUUAAAUUCUACACAAUUGCACCUUAAUUACUGCUUAAAUUAAUAACAUAUUAGCAGGGAUGUAUUUUAGAGUAGUAAAAUUUGAAAAUUUAAAAGAAAUUUUGAAAAUUAUUGGCAGUAAUUGUAAAAUCACACAAAGCAAUAUUAAAUUUUAAUAAAAUUUCAUAAAAUUUCUUUUGAAGUCUUCAGUAUGGAAUCGUAGUCGUUCACACUUACUCAUUAGUUAUUCACCUUAAAGGUUAUACGUAAAUUUUGAGAUCGAAUGCUGAAAGAGAGAGAUUUUUUUAUAAAGAAUUCUCUUUAAACUAGUUUUUAGCCAAAAACUCUCACAAAAGACUUGUCUGGUUUAAACAAAAUUUUGAAGAGAAACGGAAAACCUUUGUUUUUUAUUCAACCGACAAAAUAUUUUAUCUGACAUAUGGAACAUAACACAAAAAACUUCAAGUUUUUUUUUGGAAAGUUUUGCAAUUUAAAUAUUAUAUACAAAAAUUUUCAAAAAUUUCCACAACCGACAAAAUAAUUUGUAUGGUGAACUAUUUAACCGACAAAGAACGUUUAUCGAGCACUGUUAGCUUUAUCACUUUUAUGAUUAAAACCAAAAUAUUUGUAUUUAAUACUUAUAAAUUACGAUAAACUGACAAAGAAAUGUAUGGCAGACAAGAAAAUCCAGAUAUAAGUUUAAACCGACAACAAAGUAACAAAAUUUAACAGUUUAAAAUUAAACAUUUUUGGAUAUUGUUACUUUAAGUUCGAUUUUUAAGAUUUUGUCGGACGACAAAGAAAAUUGUAUGACGUUAUUAAACGAUAAGAAAAAAACGUUUUAGAAACAUUUGUUUAUAUGAAAUGGAAGCAGUUUUGUAAGACGAAUAAAAACCGACAAAAUAUUUUUUGUCUGACAAAACAUCAGACAACAAAUUUCAUUUUUUUUAAGUUAUAAAUUACAAAAUCUUAAAAUUUAAAUGUUAUACUAGAAAAUUGUGGAAAUCUUGGCCAACCAACAAAAUUUUUUGUCUGGUGAACUAUUUAACCGACAAAGAACGUUUAGCAAAGAUCUUUAUCAAUUAUGUUAUUAGAACAAACAUAUUUGUAUUUGAUAAUAGAAGAUAAACAGACAAUGAAAUGUUUGGCAGACAAGAAAUGUCUGAUAUAAGUUAAAUUUUGUCGGACGACAAUAUUAAACGACAAGAAAAAACUUUUAAGCAACAUUUGUUUAUAUAAAAUGGAUGCAGUUUUGUAAUACGAAUAAAAACCGACAAAAUAUUUUUUGUCUGACAAAACAUCAGACAAGAAAUUUUAGGUUUUUUGAAAAGUUAUAAAUUAAAAAGUCUUACAAUUAAAAUGUUAUAUACAAAAAUGUGCAAAUAUUUGACAACCGACAAAAUUUUUUGUCUGUUGAACUAUUUAGCCGACAAAAAACUUGAGUUAUUGCAAUAUAUUGUAACGAUAUAGUUAAUAGAACAAAAAUAUUUGUAGUUUCUACUAUAAAAGUAAUAUAUACAGACAAAGAUAUGUAUGACAGACAAAAUUGUAUGUUAAUAGCUUGAUCCGACAACUUAAAUUGAGGUACAGAUUUAAAAAAAGUUGAGCUAUUGCAAAUUCUUUUAACAUUUUAGUUAAUAGAACAAAAAUAUUUGUAGUUUGUACUAUACAGGUAAUAUAAACAUACAAAGCAUGGUAUGGCCGACAAAAUUGUAUGUUAAUAGCUUGAUCCGACAACUUAAAUUGAGCUACAGCUUUAAAAUAUGGCAAUUCUAAACAGAAAUUUAUAAAAUUUAUGGUUUUAAGCUAGAUUUUUAAUUAUUGUCCUAGAAUAUUUUGUAUAUCCGAUUAAACGUCCGACAUUUAAAUAAAACUUUUUGGGGAAGGUAAUAUUUAACAAGAAUGGAACUGAAGAAAGAAACUCAAAAAUUAAUAAUUUUCUAAAACAGACAAAGUAAUUUAAACUCAUACGACAUUUUUAAAUUGUUAGAAGUUUUUUGAAGUUUCUUUUAAAGGCCCCCCAUUACCAACCAUUUUGUGUGCGAUUAAUACUGUUAGAUUUUUGAAAUUUUGUAUGAAAUUAACUUAAAUUGAAAAAUAUUUCCGAACAAAAAAACAAAAACAAGUGCAUUAGUACAUUGUAACAAGUUUGUAAAAACAGUCUAAUCUAUGUCCCCAACGACAUAAUUACAACUAUAAAAAUGUGUAAAUAGAAAAACAAAUUAUGAAAAAAUUAUAAAAAAAAACUUGUAUGUUAAAAAAGAUUUAUAACUAAUUAUAUAUAUAAAGAAAACCAUUAGCAUAAAAACACGUAUAUCUCUUAUAU